AUGUAAGACUCGGAUCAACAAAAACUUUGAUCAUAUGCUCGCAGCUAUAGUAUCUAACUCAUUGGGUUUCUCCUCAGUUGCAGGUGAGAUCCAACUCAUUGUGGUAAACAACUGCAACCACAGCGUGUGGCCCGGCAUUCUUGGCGGCACCGGCAACCCCACCCCAGAAGACGGUGGUUUCCACCUCGGUGCCGGCGAGGAAGCAGUCUUUACAGUGCCCACUGGAUGGUCUGGCAGGAUAUGGGGCAGGAAAGGCUGUUUCUUUGAUGAACAAGGGAAAGGCUCCUGCGACACCGGGGACUGCAAUGGUGCACUGCUUUGCAAGGGCAUAGGUGGCACGCCACCCAGCACGGUUGUUGAAAUGACAUUUGGAACUGCCAAUUCUCCCCUUCACUACUAUGAUGUGAGCUUGGUCGAUGGCUUCAAUCUUCCAGUCACAAUGUCCCCCAUUGGUGGAGGGAUCGGCUGCGGUAUGGCAGGCUGUGAGGUGGACUUGAAUGUGUGCUGUCCUUCAAAGUUUGCGGUGAUUAAGCAGGGGAAGGUGGUGGGAUGCAAGAGUGCAUGCUUGGCUCUGCAGACAGACAAGUACUGCUGCACUGGGGACUAUGGCUCUCCAAAGAGUUGCAAGCCAACGCUCUUCUCCCAUAUCUUCAAGUCCAUAUGCCCUCGAGCUUACAGUUUUGCCUAUGAUGACUCUUCAAGCCUGAACAUGUGCAGGGCAUCACGAUAUCUGAUCACCUUCUGCCCUCCACCGAGAUAA